CAUUUUACUUCAGUACGACUACAAACAUUCAUGGCGACGCAUUGCAUUUUGUUUUGAUCCUGCUGGAGCAUUCCAAAUUCCUUAAGAAUCUCACCGUCCUUAUAAUAUUAAUGUUUCGAAAAUGAACCCUUUGCUAUCAUUCGUUACUCUGACUGCGUUAUUCAGCUCAGCGCUCGCCAUACGUUGCUAUCAGUGUUCCUCGCAGACGGAUCCCAAGGGGGUGGACAACUGCGGUGCCUACAAAGCGUUCAACCGAACGCAGAACAUUGCCAUCGAGUGCAACAGCGAUGAAUCGCAUAUGCCCGGAUCGUUCUGCAUGAAGGUGGUCCAGCAGAGUCCGCGAGGGUUUAUUUGGGACGGCAGGUGGCGUCAGGUGAUCAGACAGUGCGCUUCAGUGUCGGAGACUGGUGUCACCGGUGUCUGCAACUGGGGCGUCUACGAAAAUGGCGUCUACUGGGAGGAGUGCUACUGCGCGGAGGAUGGCUGCAACCAUGCGGCAAGGUCUGUCUCCGUUUCCACUGUCAGCUUGAUGUGCCUUCUAGGUUUAAGUUUGAUGUACAAGCGGUUCUGCAAUUAGGAGAAUCUCGUUUACUCGUUUCGAAUAUUGUCGGAGCCUUUUUAAAGCAACAUACAUCAUUCCAUUUUAGUGAGUAGAAGAAAAACUGUAGAAUCCGUCCAGAUUGAUUGUUUUUUUUUAUGGGUAGAAGAGACUAUUUUUUACUGUAUAUUUCCGACUCCAGGUAGGAAUAAAAGACUUUACUAAGAAAA